AGAGUGGGGCUUUGGUGGCUAAAUCCCGGAAUUACAAUAAAGGUGGCGAGUUGGGGGAAGGCAAGUCCACGGACUUUAGUGGGUGUAGUCAGAAGGUGUCAGGAGUGGGGCCCUGGAGAAGGAGGGGUAUUGUCCUUGCUGGGACUUGAGAAUAGGAAGGGAGCUCCACCCUCUAAGCCUGACGGUACUAGUGGCCAGAUUCUGAUGGGAGAGAGGAGAGAUCUGGAGUCCUAGGCCAUUGAGGAAAGUAGCUGGAGGUGGCCUCCUAGAUUUGUGGGUGUCUACGGGAGCCGUGCCCCCACCCCCACCUGAAUCAUGGGGAGAGGGGAGAGGAGCUGAGCCUCAAAUGUCUGGGCCCAGAAGGGAGGCAGAAGGGGGCUGAGAUUGGCAGGAUAAGGCAAGGGUCCCUUCCAUUCAACCAGUUCUCCUUUCUCUUUCUGUCUCCAGGAUGCCACCCCUUCCCUCAGAGAUGUAAGGCUGUAGGAGAUGGUCAGUGAAACUCUGCAAGCCCAAGAACAUGGGGGAACAGCAGAUACAGGAAGGGACCCCUGCCAGCCUUGCCGCCCGGGGACCUGAGCGCUGUCACCCCCGAGGGGCCUCUCGGCAGCCGCAUGGAGCCUGCAGAUGGACAGCCCGGACAGCCCCGGGCCGGGAGGCCUAGGAGGUUCACAGCAGCCAUCGGGCGAUUCUGGGCUGCGCGCCCUCCCUUUGCCGGCGUCUACUUCCUCUUCGUCAUCUUCGUGGCAUCGGCCAUCUUCCACUGCCACCAGCACCUGGCCCUGCUGCCGUCCCCCUGGGCCUCUCCGGCCCAUGUGGUCUUGGUCCCCGGUCACCUCCCCGGUGGGGGCAUGUGGACGGUCAACGUGCAAGGGCGCCUGGGGAACCAGAUGGGCGAGUACGCCACGCUGUACGCGCUGGCCAAGCUGAACGGGCGGCCGGCCUCCAUCCCGGCCCGGACGCACAGCACGCUCGCGCCCAUCUUCAGGAUCACCCUCCCCGUCCUGCACAGCACCGCGGCCAGCCGGAUCCGCUGGAGGAACUACCCCCUGAACGACUGGAUGGAGGAAGAGUACCGCCACAUCCCAGGCGAGUACGUCCGCCUCACGGGCUACCCCUGCUCCUGGACCUUCUACCACCACCUGCGCCCCGAGAUCCUCCAGGAGUUCACCCUGCACGACUGCGUGCGGGAGGAGGCCCAGGCCUUCCUGCGGGGGCUCCGGGUGAACGGGAGCCGGCCGGGCACCUUCGUGGGGGUCCAUGUCCGCCGGGGGGACUACGUCCACGUCAUGCCGCGGGUGUGGAAGGGCGUGGUGGCCGACCGGGGGUACCUGCAAGAGGCCCUGGGCUGGUUCCGGGCCCGCCACCGCUCCCCGGUCUUCGUGGUCAGCAGCGACGACAUGGCCUGGUGUCGGGAGAACAUCGACGCCUCCCGUGGAGACGUGGCCUUUGCUGGCAGCGGCCUCCAGGGCUCGCCAGCGCGGGACCUGGCGCUGCUCACUCAGUGCAACCACACGGUCAUGACCAUCGGCACCUUUGGCUUCUGGGCCGCCUACCUGGCUGGCGGGGACACCGUCUACCUGGCCAACUUCACCCGGCUUGGCUCCCACUUCCGCAGGGUCUUCCGGGCCCAGGCAGCCUUCCUGCCCGAGUGGGUGGGCAUUGCCGCCAACCUGGGGCCGGCCUGAGUCGACAGCCUCCUGCCCGCACCAGCCCCUCGGGUUUGCCGCCUGAGACAUGGCCGUGCUGCAGCUGCCACCCCAGCCCUCCUUGGGGAACGCGGCACAUACCUUCCCAGGUGCAAU